GACUUACUAUGUCGAAAUAAUGAGUGUCUCAAAAUAAUGAUUUACUAUCUAAUAAUAAUAACUUAAUAUCCGAAAAUAAUGACUUACUAUCUGAAAAUAAUGACUUACUAUCUGAAAAUAAUGACUUACUAUCUGAAAAUAAUGACUAAAUAUCUCAAGAUAAUGACUUACUGUCUCAGAAUAAUUACUCACUAUCUCAAAAUAGUAACUCACUGUCUGAAUAAUGAGUUACACUCUUAAAAUAAUGAAUUAGUAUCUCAAAAUAAUUAUUUCAUAUCUGAAAACAAUGAUAUAGUAUAUAAAAUAAUAAAUUAGUAUAUAAAAACAAUGAAAUUGUAUUUAUUAAUAGUAGUUUGUGCUUAUUUUGUUAAUUUUAUGUAGCAGUAACUGACUGAAACUGGGACUGGGACUGUCUGGACAGUAGGCUGUGUGUGUGUUGAUUAGUACAGUCUGGGUGAAGGAGGGGGGCGCUGGUGGACCAGGCAGAAGCAGUGGAUGUCAGAGGCAUUUCCCUUUGUGUUUAUAUUUUUAAUUCUUUUAGAGGGAAACUGCCUCCCAUAUCCAAAGUGCUGGAGCACAGAGAGAUAAUGUAUGCUUUUGUGAGGUUCUUUGAGGACGACUUGUGCUACGCGUUACCCGUGUCCAGUGUGAGAGACUUCAGACCGAGGCAUAAAGCAGAUUUUGAUGAUCAGAAGGUGUAUCUGGUUGUCAGAAGUGAGGAGAAUGGUACAGGCCAGCCGGGCAAGGCGCAGAUCCUCGCUCUCGCAGACAGCAUUGAGGAAUUUGAGCACAGUAUUAUGCAAAAGAAGAUGAAAAUUCCCAAAAUGUCUACCAGGAAUGCCGUACAUGCAGUAGAAAAUCACUUUGGUGAAGAAAGAAUGCCCCUCAGACAUAAAAAGGUGCACCCUCACGAGCACCACCGGGCCUCCUCCAACUCCUCAAAGAGCCUGGCUGCAGUGGUGGCUCGGCUGGAGAGGAACGCCGUGAGCUCGUGUGUGGAAGGAGAAGAUCUGGAGCGGCUGGAUGAGGGCGAGGAGGAGGAGGAGGCGGUGGUUCCCCGCGUGCUGUACGAGGAGCUGGUGCACAGCUACAGGCAGCAGGAGGAGGAGGUGCGGCGGCUGCAGCAGGAGCUGGAGCGAACACGCAGGCAGCUGCUGCAGCAGGCCAAGAAACUGAAGGAGUACAGCAGCCUGCUGACCGAGGUCAAGGAGCUGCGUGACUUCAACCGCCGCCUGCAGGAUGUGCUGCUCAUGCGGCUGGGCAGUGAGCCAAUGCACGACAAUGGCACUCAGACAAUCAAAGCCGAGGUGGUGGAGCCAAUUGUCGAGCCACAGGAAGUUUGCCGAGAGGAAGCCAACACUAGCUCCACCCACUCCCCUUCCCCGAGGACAGUCUAUACCUUCAACGAUGGAAAAGUGCAUUUGGGUGGGGGUAUUUGGGUGGAUGAAGAGAAGUGGCAUCAGCUGCAGCGAACACAGGGUGACUCCAAGUUCACCAAGAACCUGGCUGUAAUGAUCUGGGGCACAGAGACGUUGAAAAACCGCAGUGUGACUGGAGUAGCAACCAAAAAGAAGAAGGACGCCCUGCCUAAACCUCCGCUCUCCCCCAGCAAGCUCAAAAUCGUACGAGAGUGUCUGUACGACCGCGUGUCCCAGGAGACGGCGGACAGCGCAGAGAUCACACAGCGGCUAUCCAAAGUGAACAAAUACAUCUGUGAAAAGAUCAUGGAUAUCAACAAAUCCAUCAAGAACGAGGAGCGGAGAGAGUCCAAGCUCCUGAUCCGGCAGACGGUGAAAAUGGAGAACUUCUCGUACGACGGCGUGUAGGGCCUCCAGGGUCGUCACCAUAGCUCAUUCUGCUCUUCAUGGACAGCUGGGGGGGGAGAAGAGGGUUCACGUGAUCACCUGCGCUGCCAUUUGAGAUUCUCACUGAAGCCCAAAGCGAGGCCUUUUUACCCUUUACUACCCCGCAACACCUCACAGCCUAACCGACAGCUUCAUCCACCCACCACACCGGCCCGCCGCGAGCCACGGCUCUGUGGGUAUAUGUGUUUAACCAGUGAAUGAGUGAGUGAGCGAGCGUGGGCGAAUGAGUGAGCGUGGGCUUCGGGGGUUUUAUAAACUUACUUUUAUUAUUAAACGGGGGAAAUGUAGAGGGGAUGGAUAUCGGAUGUGUGCGUGUUUGACAGGAGAGAUCCUAUAAAUCACAUCAGAGUAGAUAGAAUGUGUAUGGCACAUCAACUGGUGUUCUGUGUCAGAACAUAUCCUAAUGUCCUUAAACGGAGAGCAAAGGUUUCUGUUUUAAGGAGGACGUUCUAAAACGUAUAAAUAAAUAUAUAUAUAUAUAUGCUGGUUUAAAACCAGAGCUUUACGGGACUAGUUUAGUCCUAGUCUGCUGUUGGUACUUAACAUGGAGAGGCAUGGAAACGCCCCUUCAGAUUGGGGUUUUACCCCGCUGUGUGUCUUAAUGAUAAACUUUAUUAAUCAGUCGGUUAAUCAAUCAAUCAAUCAGUCAGUCGAUUCCCAGUCGAUAAAAACCUUGACCUAAAAUCGAAAGAAAUAAAUCGUUUUGUUUUUUGUUUCCGAUUGUUCCAAGUUCCAGAUCUGAUGGUGCUAAUGACGAGACGAGUUCAGUGUUCUGUGUAUUUUUUUAGUUUUUGUUUUUCUUCAGACGUCUAGAAAAGUUACAUUACGUUGCGUCAUCAUCAAGUUUGUACGCGCUUCUAUUUAGUUAGAUUAAAAAAAAAAAACGUUAUUUUUCUAUAUACUUUAGAGGUGACAUGCGUAUGCAGACCCUUUUUUUUUCAUAAAGUAAAAAAAGAAGCACUCCUGAUUUAGCUGUGAUCUGUCAGGAUGGGCUAUAUUAGGGAUGCACUGAUAUAUUAAUAUUUUUGGCCUUAGCCGAACAAAAUUCGAAAGCCAAAUAUGAAAUAGAAAAUAGUUUUCAUUCAUUUUGUAACUUUUUUUCACCAUUGUGUGUAAAAAAAGGAUUUAUUUUUUGUCUCGCUUGUCCAGAAUGAAUCAUACAAAAUCAAAAUGAGAGACCACUUAAAAAAUAUGAGUUUAUUUGGUUUUACCAAAUUAAAUUAAAAACAUUUGGAAUAUAAUCAAGAGGAAGAUGGAUGAUCACAAGCCAUCAAACCAAAUGAACUGCUUGAAUUUUUGCACUUUUGAGUGUAAGGCACAAAGUUAUCCAAAAGCAGUGUGUAAGACUGGUGGAGAAGAACAUGAUGCCAAGAUGCAUGAAAAAAACUGAUUGAAAAUCAGGGUUAUUUUUGUUUUUUCAGCUAUUUCUCACUUUCUGUAAAAGAAAGACAAUAAAUGCUCUAAAUGACAGUAUUUUUAUUUGGAAUUUGGGAUUAAUGUUGUCUGUAGUUUAUAGAAUAAAACAACAAUGUUCAUUUUACUCAAACAUAAACCUAUAAAUAGCAAAAUCAGAGAAUCUGAUUCAGAAACUGAAGUGGUCUUUCAUUUUUUUCCAGAGCUGUAUUUGGCUGAACACCAAAAGUGUGUUUUUUUUUUUGCAAUUUUCAUCUGAAAUGUUUCAGUUUUGCUGUAUCCAAGUUGCUAAAUAAUUUAGAUUGCUGGAAAUUUGUUUGCCAAAUAUUCAGUGCAUCCCUUGUUUAUUUUUUUGUAUAAUUAUUUAUAUGUGUUUAUUGCCUAUAAUCUAAUGUAGUGUAUUAGUUAUGCUUAUGCUUAUGAGAAACUCUCUCUAAGCGCAAAAAAGAAAUCUAUAUAUUCCGAAUGGAUCCGAGGUUAGAGCUGGGUAGGGCUUCUCUCUUUCUUUCUCUUUUUUUUUUUCUUCAGUUUUUUCCUUAGACUUUGGCAAUCAUUGGGAACUGUGUUCUCUGUUUUUAUAGCAAGCUGUGAUUGUAAUACGAGCUGAUAUUACUUAAACUGCACUUUGGAGUGUGAGUGUGGGGAAGUGGCGGGCGCAGCGUGUGGAUGUGGGUAAAGCUGUCGGCUGCGCUUGGUGUUAAACGUGUUGGUCUCUUCCUUCAGACCAGACUAACGGCAGGGUCCCCGCUCCGCGUCUCCUACGGGGGGGGCGCAAAUUUGUGGGGAUGAAAUAAGGUAUAGUGACAACUUCCAGUGAGCCAUGCCAUCCAUGCGCUUUUUCUUUUCUUUUUUUUCUUUCUUGUUUUUUCAUUCUUUUCUUUUUUUUUAUUUGAAGUUUUCUCAUCUCUCCCUAUUCUGCUUUUCACAAGUGGUUUGUGUGGCUGUCUAUUUAAAAAAAGAAAUAGAAAUAUAUAUAUAGAAAUAUAUAUAGGAAAAGAAAAAAAGGCCUCCUUGCUGCAGGUUUGAGUUUUUUGACUGUGAUAACAUAACGCUAACUGUGAAUCAACCGCAAGUCUGCCUCUCUUUCUCAAGUCUGCCUCUUUCUCCUCACUUUCUUCCGUUCUGUUUGCUUUAUCAUUUGUUUUAUUUUCGUUGUUUUGUUUCGUUUUGUCCCCUCAAGAAAUUCAAUUUUUUUUAUAUAUAUAUUUUUCAUAUAUUUUUCGUCGUAGUUCAAUUUUUUUUUUUUUUUUUUGUUUAGAGGGGGUGGUAUUAUUAUUUUUUUUAUUGUGCAUUUGGUUAAAUAUAUAUUUGGGUCAUGUUCUACAUAUAUAUAUAUAUCUAUAUCACAUAUUAUGGACUACACACUCUGUUCACACUGUUCUUUUCAUCGUUUCUCUGUAUCAGUUCAUACGUUCUGCACCUUAUUUACUGCUGAAUCAAUCGUUCGCAAAAAAAAAAAAAACAGUUAGUUUAUUGUUUAAGACUUCUCACUUCUUCACGUCGUCUACCUUUUGCCCCGUAAUUCAUAAUGCGUAAUCAAAUCAUUCCCCACACUUUUAGUCGUGUGUGUGCGUCUACUCUUUAAUAUAGAUCUCGUGUAAAAGCGAAGCAGGGCUCGUCACAAACGCAUUAUCGCUAAUGGAGCGCUGUCAUAAAAGCAAACCAAAUCCCAAAUCACAAUCGCUAAUUUCUGGCUGUCACAGAGAUCACAGUGCGACAAAAGCUCGAUCACAUCACUGUGAGUCAUUUGUUAAAGAGUGUAAUUUCUCUUUUUGUUUCAUUUCCCUCGUCUUCAGGAAGCGUGCGUGUAAUUGAAGUGGGCGUAGUCCAACAUAUAAGACAGCACUUUAAUCUUUUAAAGAAAAGCUAUACGAUCAUGAUAGGCAAGUAUGGGUCUUAAUGGGUAGAAAUAAUAAUAAUAAUAAUAAUAAUUAUGUGGAUAUGCCAUCGUCCACUUCAGUAUCAAAUAUUAUUAAUAAUUAUAUAUAAUAUAAUGAUGAUGAUGAUAUGAUGUUUAAGCUAUGGGGCACUUUUAGGGUAUAUAUAUGUUUAAAAAAAAAAAAGAUUUUCGGGGAUGUUUCUCAUCACUUCUGAUGUUCAACUUUUUAAUCUAAUCUUCUUCUUCGUCUUAUUCUUCUUAAAAUAGCAAAACAGAACAUUUAGCACUUUUUUCUAACACUCUGUAGUUGGGCAGGAAAAAACUCCUCUGAUUUUGCUUAUUCUAGAAUAUUAUAUUAGUGAAAGAUGCUUUUUAUUAUAUUAACUUAAACCUAGCUUUCUAACAGUAACUUACCUCCAACAUGUCAAAGCUAAUAGACCACUGAAGUCCUGAAAGUAUUUUUUUUUUUGUAUUUGGCGCUGUGUGCCGUUGUGCAUGUUGUUGUGGUCAUAUUUGACACUCUGCAGUGCUCAUUGCUAUCUUACACCUUGUCAACAGUCUAUUUCCAGGCCUUGUGUGGUAAAUAACAUCAGAGUUUAGAAAUAAAUCUGCACUGAUGGGUGUGGUGGUCUGGACGUGAGGUGUGCUCAAGUAAAUUUCUGGCGUGUUGCUAUAUAUUUUUACGGCAGAAAACACAGGUGGGCCACUGACUGAUUAAAACCAUGACAACAGUCAACAGUCAGCGUCCAUUCCUAUAGGUGCGCCAUGCUCAACAUUAUUUAACAAUAAAUAGAAUAAAGAAUAAACAUAAUAACAUUGCUGUUCUCUUAAAAAUGAGCUGCUGGUGUAUCUUUACAGCAUUAAUGCGCAGGUCAGUAUGCUCUGCUGUGAAGCGCCACGCUGUUAAGAUACGAACACGCCAAAGUCAGAGCUCACCUGGCUCUUAAUGGAAAUAGCAAGUGACAUGCUGAUUGGUUUAUUUCACGUUACGCCCAAAACACAUCGAUGAAUAAUUAAGAGAAUUAGUACACACCUUUUGACGCAUAUUUUUUGCGACCUCACGAUACGAAAGACACACCAACAUGCCCUAAAUCCAGUUCUUUGAAUUUCAGUGGUAGGAAUAAAUGUUUUGUCCUGUAGGUUUUGUUACUGUGUACAUUCAGUCAGAUUUGUUUAAGAGUUGUAAUGCUAAUAUUGCAUUACAUAUACAUAUAAGCUAAUGCUACUGCAUAUAAGUUAGGCUAUGCAGAAAAAGCAGAUUUGGGUUUUAAAUAUUAAGUUUAAAUAUUAGGAGUGUAACCAUGCGUUCACACUGGCAAGCAACUGGCAACCAUUGAUUUUCUUUGAAAGGAUGCAAAUUUUACUGCGUCACAGUGGCGAGCGUAAAAGCAACAAAUGACAAAGUUGAGACUUUCUCUACUUUAUGCAAAUUAUUAUACAGUGAUGCAUCAGCUAACAAACGCCUGUGCUAACCCACAUCAAUAUCGGGAGUAAUGUGUGGAGAGAGCUAAACCUACUGUUCCCACCCAGAGAAAAGCACGGCCAAUUGUGCUCUCUCGGACUCCGGCUGCUGAUGGCAAGCAGCAUAUUCUGAUCAUAGUGGCCGGUUCUAAGUCAGCUCGACCAUUCGAACUUGAGUCCAAUAUAUUGUUUUGCUUACAAUAUCACAAUAAAUACUGAUACAUUGGAUUGUUGCGUUAGCUUAUAUGUAUUAAUCCGUACACAGAACCAAACGUAGCACUUCAAACAUAUUUAUUUACCACAGAACUUGAAUGCACUCGAGUCAAUUAUUUGAAAAUUCUGUUCAUUUCUGCCAUAGAAAGUCAAGGUUUGGUUGCUCAACGAGUGCCAAAUAUGGGCAUAACGACGACUACAGAAUGAUGCAGUGAUGACUUCAGUGGUCUAGAACAGACAGUGAAAAGACUCAAGCUUCAGUCGCUCCGUGAACGUUAGAUUUCCUCUGUUUUUAUGUAGAUAUAUCGUGUGCUGUGUGCUAUAUAUUGGCCCGCUAAUCAAAUCUGUGCUGUUCUGCAAUGGCGGUGGGUAUGUGGGUACACUGGAAAACACCAGCUUUUUACUGAAGCUGAUGUGGAAAAAUGAUAGACUAAAGAAGAAACUGGCAAUCCUUGUGAUCCUCUUGUUAUAUGAGAUUGAGAGUUGUCAGUGAAACUGUUGCCUUGAAAGGAAGGAAACCUUCCUUUUUUUGCCAGCCCACCACUCAGUGAGAUGAAUUUGGGCUGGAUAGCUUUCACAUGCAAUAUGGCUAAAAAAGAAAAAGAUAAAAAAAAGAAAAAAAUAUAUAACGUCCCUUCAGUUGUGAAUCCUAUAACAGGGAAAAUGUGACUGUGAAAUUUUUGCAUUUAUUAUAUAUAUAUAUAUAGUCAUUAUGAGCUGUAGUUAGCUUUACUUAAAAGCUCCAAACGUGAACCAGCACACCUCUUUAAAAAUACCUGGCUGUUCUGGUCUGCACUAGUGAAACUCAUCUGCACCUGUACUUCUGUACUUCUGUUUUCUGUCCGUUCCCAUGCUUUCUUUUUUUGUGUGUGUGUGUGUGUGUAAAGUGGCUGCUGGGAAUGCACCAAAAUGAAACGGGGAUAUAUUUAAAAUUAAAAUUAACUUUUGUCCGGAGGCUAAAUUAUUAUUAUUUUUUAUCAAUGUAGCCUCUUUUUUAAAUUAAUUAAAUGUAUAACCUAAAUGUAUUAAUCUUGCUUUAAAAAAGCAAUUCCAAAACUGUGUUUUACAAAUAUUUAUUGAAUACAGCUUUUUUAUUAUUAUUAUCUCAGCAGACAAGCGAACUAAACAUAAUGCGUCAACAUGAUUCCUCUCAGUAGUGUUGUUUUAAGCAGUAUUUACCUCAGUGUUGAUCUUGGUAUUUGCUGGCUCCCUCCCAGCUCUCUCCUGGCUCUCUCCCACACUCCCUGUAUCCCUGUAUACAGCAGCACUCUAUUAUAAUACACAGUGCUCUAUUGCGCAUCACUGUUUUUGGCAAGGAGGGGAGGAUGUUGCCACUGCUGAAAAAAACCCUACCUUUAGAGGAAACACUGCAAUAUUUCCGACCCUUCAAUGUGAUUGGCUGAGAGGCUUUCUAUGAGUACCAUUAUCAGCCGGUAAUGCACUGUAACCGAAGCUCUCCAUGUAUUACUCCGCCACAUACAGGUAACCUAGCAACGAUGCGGCGCUUACAAGCCAAACAACACAGCUACAAACAGAUCAGCAAUGGAACUAUUUUAACUGGCAGAGUUUUUAUAACCAAACAGAUCCUAUUUUCUCCUCCUCAUUAACUCAAAAUCUUUCAAUAAACAGCGAUAAUGAAACUGUGGUAUAAUCACAGUAAUACACUUGAGGUUCGUGCUAUAAGGUGUAAUAUUGGCACUGCUGUACUGAUCUAGGACUGCAGCACAGCAGUGCCAAUAUUACACGUCAUAACACUCACUCUCGUGUAUUAUUGCCUAUUUUUUUUUAAUUAUUCAGAUAGAAAUUUCAGUUUAAUAAUUUAAAUAGACAAAUGUUGGUGCAUUCCUAGCGGCUGCCUCUCAGUGGUGCUUAGCUUUGAGCUGCUUUAAGCUCCCUAAAGAUCCCAAAACAAUCUGGAUGCCAAGAAGACCAGUGCAGUGUGUUUUUUUUUUGUUUGUUUUGUUUUUUUUUAUAAUGCGUGUGGAGAGUUACCUUCACCACCAACACCAUAAUCAUCUCCAUCAUGCUGGAUGCAUAUAAUUGCAUUUCAGUCAUGUUGAGGUGUGUUUUUUUUUCUUUCUUCAGUAAAUGAAUAGGCUUAAUAGGGUAGGGUUUACAUAUAAAUGUGAACGUGUGUGUUUUUAGGUGUCGGGUCGGUAUUGUAACGUGUCCAGGUGCUGGGUGGUGGGUUGAAAAAUAAGCCAAAGUGGAAUGUGUAGAGGAAAAAGCUGGUGAUUGGUCAGCUUUGAACAUGUGAACUUGCACAAAAAUGGCCCUUGCCAAGGUUAUUGUCCAGAGUUAUCUAAGCUCAGAAAAGAAAAAUAUAUAAAUAGGCUAAAAAAUAUGUAUAUUUUUUUGUUUAAAUUGUCUUUAAGAGUAUGAUAUGUUACUGUACUCAAACUUCCAUUGAGAAUCGCCAUGUUGGGCUUCACAUCAGAAGAGCAUUAAGCUUUCGGUGCGUGUUCGUGCAUACUGUUUUCUUUUAAAUGGCGUUUUUAAAAAGUCAUUUUUUAAUUUUAUUGUCCUUUUGAUUAUUUUUGUUUCUUUUUGAUGCCAAAAAAUGGGAAUGGGGUGAAUACUUAAAAGAAAAAAGCUUAAAAAAUACAAAAAAAAAAAAACAUGUAUAAACCAUCAUACUGCUAGUACUGCUUCUGGCCUGCUUUGUAAACCCAAAAAAAAAAAAAAAUCAACACACACACACAGAGACUGUCUGUCUGUUAAAUGCUGAGGACCCAUCCACGUGUUACGCAAAGCUGCCCAGUACUCUAUACUCAACACAAUAUACACAAGAACACUUCCGUCGACUUCUACACUCAGUUUAAACUCACCUCAACGGGUUUCACUUGUCAGGUAUCAUCGCCUCACUUCUCUUACUCUGCAGUCAAAGGUUUCUCUCAACCCGUGUUGUGUUGUUGAAGUUAUUCAGGGCCCAGCUCAGAGCAGUUCCUUUGAAACUCAGCUUUACCGUAAUAAAAAGAAAAAAAAGUAUUUUUGAUAAACGUCUAGCUAAUCCGUCUGUUCAGGUUGAUUCUUAGGCAGUAAUGAUACGUGUACUAAUCACAAUCCUACCUCAUCGCUUUUCAUGUCUCUAGUUGUGCGCGCCGUUCAUAGAGCCUCACUCGACACGUGCACAGAUCUGUAAAUAAUCCAGUCGUCUGUAUUGUAAAACUGUAGAAUCCUUGUUUUUAAGAGUGACCUGUUGAUGUGUGCUCUUUGCUCUUUUUUGAACUGACAGCAUUUACCAUUAUGUUACAGCAGGGGUGUCAAACUUAAGAGGUUAAGAUGGGGACGUACCGAUUUUUAAUUUUAAUUUUAAUUUUCAUUCUUUUUCACUUCUUUAGAAAAGGUUCUUAGAAUAUAAUAACGUCUUAACAAAUAUACAGGGUCUGUAUUGGAUGUUCGUUUAAGCCCUGCAGGAAUUACGUAGUGCUCUAACCAUGCUAGAUAAUGUUUAAUGUUAAUGUUUUUAGAGCAACUAAGAGGAUUAUUCCUGUUACAUAGUGUUAGGAGUCUUGCCCAAGGACUCUUAAUGGUGAAGUAGUGGUGUUAUCCACUGCGCCACACCAACCGCUCGUUAGUUGCUAGAGUUAGCAUUUAUCAUGUAGGAAACAAAACGGCAAACCAACUGUAUUAAUAUUAGUUUUCACGUGGUAGUAAAACCAUUGAGAUGAGCAAUAAAACUAUAUGUGAUCUAAUUGGGGUACUUUUAUUAUAAAAAAAAAACUGUAAAACUAAAAACUAACUUAAUUAGCCUUUUUUCAGCAUGUCAAGGAUAAGUGUUGAAAGAAUGCUGAUAAAACUAUACAUUUUAUUACAAAAAGUGUGAUAUGCUGUUUAAUUAAAUGUAAAAUAGAACAAAAAUCCAUUUUAUCUGCAUAAAAAAGUAUUUUAAAAGCAGUUUUUAGAAAUCUGCAUCUGCUAUUGCAUUUUUUAAUGUUUAAAAACAUAAACAAUAAAUAUAGUCAUGAAAAUAUCAUAAAAAAAUGUUUAUAUGUCAUCUAUAAGAGAUCUAUAAAACGAUUACCGUAUCAGUGAGCUGCAACAGAUAAGUUGCAAGAAAUUAAGAUUCUGGUUCUGCCUCAGAGUUUGACUGUAUUGUCCCGCCCCUCACCCUUAAAACAAUAUUCUGAUUGGCUCUACCUCUGAAUUUGACCUUUAAGGACUUAGUUUGGUUUCCUGUUGUUGUUCAUCAUCUCUUCUCCCUAGAAUAGAGGAUUUUGAUUGGUUGACUGGUUUUGCCUCUGAGUUUGACUCUAUUCUCUUACCUUCAGCUGUGAAAUAGAUUCUGAUUGGUUGUGUGAUGUAGUUUAAUUGUCUCCUUAAUUGUCUUUGUGCCUCUGUUAGUUUUAGUAAUUUAAUAAGCUGAACUGAGCUGAAUUUAUUGAAUUACACAGUCAGUGUUUAGAACAUGGGUUCUAGAUUUAUUUGCCAGGAUGAAUUGAAACCUGUAUGUUUGACACCCCUGUUUGUAUUGGCCAGUGUUUCUCAAUCGUGGUCCUGGCACCUCCCCCUCUGUCCUGCACAUUUUAGUGCUUUUCCUGCUUCCAGCCCACCUGAUUCAACUAAUUAACUAAUCAGCUCUUUAAUAAACAUUUUUUUAGAGUUACAGUGGGUAUCUUAAAGGUCUCUUAACAUCAUUUUUAAAUUAAUUUUAAAAUGUCCAGUUGUGUCUCUGGUAUGAAUGAAUGUCAUGUGAGACGUUUUUUUGUGCAAAAAACUGCUCAGGUGUUUCUAUUUAGCCCUGCUUUAGUUCACUGGAUUAGUGGUCUCUAGAUAUAAAUAUUCAUACAUGCAAAUGUAUUGCCUCUGAUUGGCUAACAGCACUUAAGCAGAGAAAGCCUACCAGCCUCCACACAGUGAGUUUUACAGUUAUAAAGAUAAAGCACUGAGUGCUAGAUAAAGUUAAACCUUUAACUUAACUUAACAUCAGAAUUGAGCUGCCCAGACAACCCUGGCUGCUACUAAACUAUUACUACAGAUUUGGUUAUUCAGUGCUUGAUGUGGUUUUACCACGUCGAAGCCCCAGAGUCCACUCUAUAUCAUAAAAUCUGAUGUGAACAGUGCCCGCUUUGACCGAUGUUCUGUCGAGUUGUGCUAUCUUGUCAAAAUGUGCUUCUCUAGUGUAUAUUUAAGGUCUCAGUAAAAUGUGGAAUCAACCGGAGAUCCGAUUUAAACCUUAUAGUUAUUUACACAAGAUAGCUAACCCUAACUAGCUCUGAAAACAAAAGUGGUAAGCUAUGCCUGUGGUCAGUCCUGACUUCAUGGGCACUGCAUUUUCCAACAUUUUUUCCGACAUCUGUCUGAUCAACUCGUAUUUCUGAGGCUUUUCUUUUCUUUCACACUGCAGACAAUGGAGUCUGAGUUUUACAGUUUUAUAGGCAGCAUUAUAUACAACUCGGAGAGACCUAUAGUAUUAUACAAAGAACAAGAAAAAGUAGAUUUUAAAAGCAGGUAAUCCACUAAAAUGUGCAGGACAUGAUACUUCUAGGCCUAGGGUUGCAAGCACUGUGUUGUAUAGGAUCAUAUCGUCUAAGUAUACGAUGAUUGUGUUCUUCUUUCGAUGCCAUUCGUGCAGUGAGUCGCUUAGAUCUGUUUCUCGCUCUGUGUUGCUUUGGGUGUUCUCUGUUCUUUGUUCUCUGGUCGAUGGUGCUAUCAGCACACGUGUGUCAUUUACCUCAAACGGUGCUACUUUUUACUGUGGUGGAUGUCAUUCAGUGUCACAUGAUCAAAAGCCAGUCGUUUCUAUCGAUAUCAGAUUAAAAUCAGGUCACACAUCUCUAUCUCUAUCUCGUUUAUCUUAGCUAAUCUCGCUAAUCGUGUCUCAAACACGCAAACACAAACACGCUCACGCCAUAGAACUUGAUCAGUCAGAUCGGUGUUUGUUACUCGCCGUGUUCAGGACGUCGUUCUUUGUUCUAAACCGCGUGAAUCCAUGUUAUCGCUGUAUAUAGAUGUAUCAGAUGUUUAUGCAGUUUAUUCCGGGUCAUCGUUUCCGCAACUGCCGAAUAAACUGCUGAAAUAAAGUACGUUAUAGCCAAUCCGCACAGUCUACCUACCUGAAUCGUACUGGGCAGUCGUCUCUUAGAGUAACGGUAAGGUCCUCAGCAGUGAUCCAGUACCUAUUCCACUAUAGUUACCUCCUCAGAAUGACGACGUGAGAGCAGUUUAUUAAUACUGAGAAAUUAUAUAUUUUAGGUAUUUUGCAAUAUUCUGCAGUGUAUUGUUAGAGGGUUUGUAUAACUUACCAAAGUGGAUCCCUCCCAAAGAGACAGUUCAUGCAUUGCAGUGUAUCAGAUGAUAAAAUGAUGAUAAUGAUGAUGAUGAUAUAAAGGUUUGCUUAUCAAUUCUCAUUUUAGUUUUAUAUUGUAAAUAUUACCGUAGUUAUAUUUUGGUUAAUUAGACACAUUUGCUGCAUUUUCUGUAUUACUGUUACAAUAUAUAGCCAAAUGAAUCUCCUCUAACAUGCCAGGAAAAAUGGCAAAACAAAACAAAACAAAAAAAAAAAAGCUUUAAUGGUUUUAGAUAAGAUUUUAAGAUUUUGCCAUCUGGGUUUACAUGAGAAUUGAAAGCUAAUCUUUUAUCAUUGUUAUUAUUAUUGCUAUUAUUAUGACUUUUGUUUUUGUUUUUAGUUUUUUUCUUACCAAAUAUUUUUAAGAUGUCAGUACAGGGUAGCAUCUUUUCAUCAUAUCAGGUGAUGAUAUGGCUGUACCGUAUCCUGAACGUUAACGUGAAUUGACCUCAGAACAACAAAUCGUUAGGAAUCGCUAGGCCAUCGCAUCGAACUCUCCGCCCUGUCAUUUCACGUCUCACUUCUUUGUUUUAUUGUAUUUUUUUAUUGUAUCAUCGUCUUUAUUCUUGCUGCUGACUAAAUAUCUAUCUAGAAAUCUAUGUAUAUGUACUUACCGAUAUUUUUCAGAGAGACAUCCAUAAUGAAUGUCUUCUAAAAUAACUGUGAACUUGCUUUUCUCUUCAGGUGGCGGGUUUUUGUGGGUGUGGUUUCUUCUCGCACUUGUGCAGGAUUUUUGCAGGAUUCAUCUUUUCAGAUAGAGGAUGUACAGCACAUGGGGAGGGUCCUGAGCUUUCUGGUUUGGGUCUUUGUUGUUUGGGACCCGCAGUUGCAGUUGGUCCUGGUUUCUCUCUGACCUGGAUUGAGCUUCACUCUCUCUAGAUUAGAAAAAAAGCACUUUCUUUCAUCAGAGAACCUCAGAUUUCUGUUUGUUAAAUUGUAGGCUUAAGCAGGGUGUGAUAAACCAGGACGUUGCUGCCCCUCCUCGUGUUGUGCUUCCUGUCAGGUUUAGUAAACCAGGAAAGACCACCAUUUCCUCACCGAUCAGUCCCACUCCUCUCCGGUGCGCGGCUGGCGCGGCCGGUCAGCAUUAGUUUGUUGUGUAUGUGCUGCAGUCCAAGUACUCUUGUCCUAUGUACAGAUCAACAGAAUAAAUUCAGACUUUUAUUCUACAAAUAAAAGAACCCUCUCAGGGGUCAUCCAGUCA